AUGGCGGGCAAGACUGCAGCCAAGGCUCCGACGUCUGCGCCUCCCGCCAAGAAGCGCAAGGCUUCUUCAUCCUCUUCCGUCCCUCUCCUGAUUCAAAAGGACAUAUCCGCGGAUGAAGUCGUAGAUGCUCACGAACUCGUGUCUCAAAUCGACGUCCAUAGCGCAACGAAAGCCCGACUGCUACUCACCUGGUUACUGUACCCUGUUACCCCUGAGGAGUUCUACGAGAACUAUUGGGAGCAGCGUCCAUUGGCCAUCAAACGCAACUUUCCCAGCUAUUACGACGGCUGGUUCAGUAAACAGGAGAUCGACCGCAUUCUCAAGACACACACGCUCGAGUACGGCACUGAUGUGGACUUGACCAAGUACGUGGACGACACCCGCCACACACUCAACCCGCCAGGCUCUGCAACGGCCAAACAGGUGUGGAAACACUACGAUGAUGGAUGCUCUGUCCGUCUCCUGUGCCCUCAGAAGUUUUCGGACGAUGUCUGGAAGCUGCUGGCCACUCUGGAGGACGAAUGGGGCUGUAUGGCUGGUGCCAAUACUUACUUGACCCCGAAGAAUACUCAAGGGUUUGCACCCCAUUUCGACGACAUUGAGGCCUUCUUGUUGCAAACAGAAGGAUGCAAGCACUGGAAAGUGUACAAACCGUUGAAUGAGAGUGACGUGUUGGCGAGAUAUCCUAGUGGAAAUUUCAAGGCGGAAGACCUUGGCAAACCCACGCUUGAAGUGGAUUUGGAACAAGGAGACCUGCUGUAUUUCCCACGUGGGUUUAUUCACCAAGCACGUGCACACAAGGAGAAACACUCGUUGCACUUGACCGUGUCGACUGGUCAGCAGAAUACAAUGGGGAACUUCCUCGAGGUGUUGCUCCCUCAAGCAUUGGCAGGUGCUAUCAACACUAACGUGGAACUACGGCGAUCGCUGCCUCGUGACUAUUUGGAGUACAUGGGUGUCAUGCACUCAGACCGUAAAGGCGACCCGGAGAGACAGGCCUUCGCUAACAAGCUCAAAGGGGCGCUUAAGACUGUGCUUGGUGAAGCAAUGGGAAUGUUAGACGCUGCCUCCGACCAGAUGGCCAAGAACUUUCUACUUGACCGCCUGCCUCCUGCUCUUGAGGAUGAAGAGGAGAACUGCACGAGCGACAAUAGCCCGCUGCAGAAGAUUACGGUAAACACCCAGCUCAAGCUAGUCCGUCAUGGCGUUGCGCGUCUUGUGAUCGAGGAUGGUAAAGCUGUGCUGUAUCACUGCCGCGAGAACUCCCGCAUGCAUCACGAGGUGCCUAUCUCUCCGCUUGAGUUUGAGUUGGAUGAUGCCGAAAGUAUCGAGUUUAUUCUCAACAGCUACCCCGACUACUUCCGUGUUGGCGACAUGCCCCAUGAAGACCCUCAGGACCAGACAGAGCUUGCGAAAGCAUUGUACAAGGAAGCUCACCAGUUUCGCAUCAUCCGCCGCAGCCUCACGUCGCGCUUGUUCCUCACGUCUCCAAGUUUCGUCAUGGCCGACAACCAGGUCGACAACAACAUCAGCAGACCACAGAGUGUCGCCACCUUCGCUGCCGGCUGCUUCUGGGGCGUCCAGCUAGCUUUCGACCGUAUCCCAGGAGUGCUGGAGACCUCAGUGGGCUACACUCAGGGCAACGUGGGAAGUCCCUCGUACCGUCAGGUGUGUACAGGCCGCACCAACCACGCAGAAGCCAUCCGCAUUGUGUUCGACGAGUCUCAGACGAGUUACGAGUCGCUAUUGAACAAGUUUUGGGCCAUCCACGACCCCACGACUCUUAACCGCCAGAAGAAUGACAAGGGUACGCAAUACCGAUCCGGUAUCUAUUACCACAGCGAGGACCAGCGUAAGUCUGCAUUGGCAUCCAAGGAGGAGCACCAGAAAACGCUGAGCAAACCUAUCGUGACGGAAAUCAUGGAGGCCAAACAGUUCUGGGACGCCGAAGACAAUCACCAGAAGUACCUGGAGAAGGGAGGACAAUGUGCAGACAAGGGCUGUGAUGUGGCCAUCCGCUGCUAUGGCUAAACUGAAGGGAGGUGGUGCACAAUGCUGCUCUGAGUGA